AUGGAGCGUGGGGCCCUGAGGUCACUUGGCGAUUCAACCACAGCUUUUAGAUCGUAUCUUUUGCGGCCUUCGGCCUUGGCCUUCAAAACUGCGGUCGCGAAGCCGAGGGGAUUCUGCCUUUGCAGCUUUUCUUUUGCUCUUAGGAGGGCGAAAUGCUUGACGAAACGGCAGGCGCCAGGGCCGAAGGGAAGUCCCUUCAAUCAGUUCAUGACAGUGUUUUAUUAG